UCGUUAGCCCUCUCAGUAUAAAACUCAUGAAAGGCCAACACUUUCUGCACAACCAGGAAUAACCCUCAAAUUCAACUGAAAGCAAGUUCACUCUUCCGUUUGAGAAUUUCGUGGAGUUGAACAAAAUGAUAAGCACAAAGAAGCUGAUUCAAAUGGCAAGGAAGUGGCACAAGAUGGCCGCAGUUGGAAGAAAAAGAAUUCCGUUUCAUCGGAUGAGCAGCAAGUCCGCUUCAGCACAUGCGAAUGGAUCAUCAGUUGCUCAAAAGGGUCACUUCGUCUUAUAUACAACAGAUGAGAGGCGCUUUGUGAUCCCUCUCUCGUUUCUCGGCCACGACGUAGUGAGGGAGCUCUUUAGAGCAUCGGAAGAAGAGUUUGGGAUUCCAUGCGAUGGUCCAAUCAUGCUUCCGAUCGAUGCACUAUCUAUGGAGUACAUACUUUCAUUAAUUAGAAGAGGCUUGGCUAAGGACCAAGAGAAUGCUUUGCUUCUGUCGUUCACCAGACAAAGCUGCUCAUCAUCCUUAGCUUUCAAUCGAGCAUUAGAAAACCCAGAAAUUCUUGUUUGUAGCUGACAGAUAUAGCACGUACCAGUACUUACUAGAUUAAUGACAGUAGUUUUGCAACAA